AUGGCACCAAGCAUCCAACGCGAUUGGAUUGUGACCAUAUCAAGUGGCCGCUGUCAACAUCCCUUGGAGCCUAGCUCUUCCGCGGACGAACUCAGCUCACCCCCUGAUACCUCAGGUUGUUUCAGCUUGGACCCCAUCUAUACAACACAUUUCAAAACGCUGGAUGGUGUCAAGACAGCUCACCCAGCAAUCACUACCCCAAGAUCACAGUAUAUGAACAAUACUUUCAUCUCCUUGAUAUUCAAGCUAGCAUGUGGCAUAUACCUCGUCCGGAUCCCGGGGCUGAUCUCCCCUGCCGGUGCAGUCAACGGAGCCUCCGUCCACUGUAUCGAUGAAUCCAUGGAAGCCAAUCCUGUAAAUCCAAGGGCUGACGAAGCCGAGGACAGUUAUAUUAUGUGA